AUAAUAUAUGUGACGUAAGCCUUUUGAUUAUUUAUUGAGCAAAAUUUCACAACAGCUUUAAAAUUUCUUGAUAGAGAUUUGUAUCAAGUCUACUUUAGCCAAUCUUUCUACCAUUUAUGUAACAUAUGAUUCUAAUAAAAACAUUUUAUUAGAAGAGUUAAAAUAUAUGUACAAAACUUUUGUAUAAAAUAUAUACAUGGUUACACAUUAAAUUUUACAAUUUAAAAUGACAAAUAAAAUUCUGCGAAUUUUGUUGCUAAUAAACAUUGUCUAAAGUUUUUUACCUCGAGAAACAGCCCAACAUCAUAGAAAACAUAUACUAGAUGUCUUGCAAAAAGCCUUAGAUGAUGCAAAGAUUAGCAUGAAGGAUGUAGAUGUUGUUUGUUACACAAAAGGACCAGGAAUGGGAGCACCAUUGACAGUUGCUGCUUUAGUAGCUAGGACUGUUGCCCAGUUGUACAAUAAACCUAUAGUUUCAGUCAAUCACUGUAUUGGUCAUAUCGAAAUGGGACGUUUGAUUACUGGUAGUGAAAAUCCUACCGUUUUGUAUGUUUCCGGUGGAAACACUCAAAUUAUUGCAUAUUCUCGACAAAGAUAUCGUAUUUUUGGCGAGACAAUCGACAUAGCAGUAGGAAAUUGUUUGGACAGGUUUGCGAGGCUAUUAAAACUCUCAAAUGAUCCCAGUCCUGGAUAUAACAUAGAACAGUUAGCAAAAAAGGGUGAGAAACUGGCACCGCUACCAUACGUUGUGAAAGGGAUGGAUGUAUCGUUCUCUGGUAUCUUAAGUCAUAUAGAGGAACAUUUAUCCAAAUGGCUCGAUACAAAGGCAUUUACUCCUGAAGAUUUAUGUUUUUCCUUACAAGAAACUGUGUUUGCCAUGCUCAUCGAAAUUACAGAACGCGCGAUGGCGCACGUGAGAUCGAACGAAGUGUUGAUCGUGGGUGGCGUAGGAUGCAAUGAGAGACUGCAGGAAAUGAUGAGCGUCAUGUGUAAAGAAAGAAAUGCAACUCUUUACGCGACGGAUGAGCGAUUCUGCAUAGAUAACGGCGUUAUGAUUGCAGUCGCUGGAUUGCUCCAAUACAAGUGCGAGGGCGGUACUCCUUGGAUACAAACUACUUGCGUUCAGAGAUACCGAACGGACGAUGUACAUGUUUCCUGGAGAGAAUAAAAUAAUAUUUUCAAAUUAUGCUUGAGUUUUCACACUCGAACGCGGUUUUAUCUUAAUCCUACUACCAAGGAUAGUAAUGAAAUUAUUCUAUAACAGAAUAAUAGAUUCGGUUGGGAUAUUUAUUAUUGUAUCAGAUUAUAUAUAUAAUAAUGUUCAUAUAUAUAUGCAAUCUUUGUAGUGCAUUUAUUUUAUCUACGACCUCCAUAAUAUUAAUAUGUUAUCUUUCAAAAGUUUAAAAGUAUUAGAAUUUACUUGUUGCAAGCAUUUAAAUUAAUUUGAAUGUCUCUGGUCACCCGUGCUUUUUAUAUGGCAUUUAUGGUAUUAAGAAAAAAGAAAAAAAUUUUUUUAAAGUGACAAAGAUAAAGAUACUUAGAAACUUAUUUUUUUACUAAAUUGUCAAAAAAAAAAAAAAACUAAAAAA